CCUCUCCCCGCCGCAGUGGGAGGAAGUUGAACCACAAAGCAAGCAGUGCUCGCAGAAAAAUACAGAAAAAAUAUAUCGAAGGGGGGACUUCAACUAAAACAUGUGCCAUAUUGGAGCUGGAAAACGAACAGCCUAACCGAAAAGGAGCAGACAGUGUCGCCCUGGCUGGCACACGGCACACGGGAAGGCAGCGGACGGACACUUGGUUGUAGCCGAGUGAGGGGCUCCUCUGCACGGAUAGCCUGGUAGGCAGGAGUCGCUCGGGGGCUGGCGGAGAACAGUACGACGACCUGCUCGGCGGCUCUCCUCGUUUUAUUUGAGAUAUUGCAGGAGAAGCGCACCACCACAGUGUCGUUAUAUGUAUUUUAACAUCAACCAGGGUGGUCGAAAUUGUUCUCCACCCCGUUGCUUUAUCAGUUAAUCGCCGAAAAGUUGCCGUUUAACGGGCAAACUAAACUACCGCUGGCCAGCCGAUCUCCAUCUCCCAGCGCUCCCUCCCCCUCCUCCACCACCGCCAGCCCGCAGUCAGUCGCUCUGUGCUGGGUCUCCAGGAGAGGAGGGUCCCCCCCCCCCCCUCAACCACCCCCGUAACGCUCGGGGUAACUCAACAAGCAGAUAUGGAUUAUUUUGUGCGAUUUUAUCUUCAUUUUUGAACGCACCGGACUCUUCGGAAGACUGUUUUUUCCUUCUUCGGAAACGCUGCAAGACUUCCCCCGAUACGAGCCGCCAGUUGAGUCGCUGCCGUUAGCUUAUUAAGUGAACCGCUGUCUGAAAUCGAGCCAGUGUUGCUGUUAGUCUGCCAGCUAGUGACUCAAGAGCAUUUUUAAUGUAUCUGCUGGAUUUAAAUAAUCAGAAACUAGAUGUACUGCUUAACCACUCUCCACCUUAUUUGUUAGUUAGCCUGCCGGCUAGCAGGUUUCAUUUUGCUAGCUAGCGUGGUAGCUAACUAGCAGACGAACCCAAAUAUCGAUAUUGCCAGCAGGCUAAAACAAGUUAGCUCUCGGGCGUGUGGAUUUCGCGUGUGAGUCCUUAAUUACACCCUCUUGCUUGGACUGGAUUUAGUGCUGAACCUUUAAUAAUCUUUUCGGGCGACAUUUUUGUUGUAAUUGAUGAGCCGAUAAGGAACAUUUGAGCACUCAACGUUGCACAGGAAGCCAACAGCAGCAGCAGCAACAGCAACGACGGCGGCGGCGGCAACAUAAACACCAGCCGUGUGUGGAUUUUCUGGCAUGCAAAACACGAGUCCUGCUUUCUCUGUGACCCGUGCAUGUGUGCUUUGAUUAUUACUGCUUAUCUGAGAGAUUUUGCAUUUUUUUUGGGGUGCACCAGCUGAGAUAUUAAGGACGACGAAGCAGCAGCAGCCUGAUGAUCUACAUUUCAACCUGUCGCCCUGUGUCCUCCCUCCUCAAUUUCCCCUCUUUUCGGUCUCACUGAUUGUUGUUUGAGACAAGGAGAAGCAACUACACGUGUCCCCGUUUUCUUACAGUACAGCUGCUUUUUUUUCUUCCUCUUCUUCUACUGUGCAGCCAUUUCACUAACAUCACAACAGUUUUUUUUUCGACAGCACAGUGUUUACAUUUUAGGGAGGAAAAACCAGCCCCUGAACCAGGAAAAACCCCUCUGAAUCACAUGCAGCACUGGAGACAAACCAGUCGUUUGGACACAUUUCCAAUCAAGAGGAGCAAAAGACUCUCCACAGACCUGUAAUUAGGAUUUUUGACAACUGUAUCCAGAUCCAGCAUCUGGUGCAUGAGACACGCCACAAUACUAUAAUAAAGCGAGCAAGUGCUGGCCUCAAAACAACAUCUCACCAGCCUUUUCCUUGCAUGAUUUUCCACCCUUUUCCUCACAACACGCCCGUGAGAAACCUGCAUUUUUGCACUAAAUGGGAUUACAAGCGCGGUGAUCUUGCAGCCCUGGUGAUUGCAUAUAUUUCUCGACUAGCUUGUCACCCAAUGUCUUCCCUCCUGAGUUUCCUUUUUUUUCUGUCACAAUGAUGGUAGUUUGAGUCUUAAGUGAGCAACAGACUACAGCCUGAGACAAACGACACAUUUCCAGUCGAUGGUCAGCCCCGCCGUGCGCUCAGCUGGCCCUGUCACGCACCUUGGCACCUUGAUGUUGGUCAUAUCUGGUGGAGGACAUUGUUUUUUUUUAAUUCCCUAAAACAAAACCCAUCCUCAAGCCCGGUUAUUUUAUUGAUUUGGUCGUCCCAGGGUCGAAAGAUGGCGGACCUCGAAGCAGUACUCGCCGAUGUCAGUUAUUUGAUGGCGAUGGAGAAAAGCAAAUCUACUCCAGCGGCCCGGGCGAGUAAGAAAAUCAUCCUGCCUGAGCCCAGUAUUCGCAGUGUGAUGCAGAAGUACCUCGAGGAGAGAGACGAACUGACAUUUGACAAAAUUUUCAACCAGAAGAUCGGCUUCCUACUGUUCAAGGACUUCUGUAUGAACGAGAUCGACGAGGCCGUGCCGCAGCUCAAGUUCUACGAAGAAAUUAAGGACUACGAGAAGCUGGACUCGGAGGAGGAGAGGUUGAGCCGCAGCCGGCAGAUUUACGACGGCUACAUCAUGAAGGAGCUGCUGUCCUGUUCACAUCCAUUUUCUAAGAAAGCAGUGGACCAUGUACAGAGUCACCUGGCAAAGAAACAGGUUCCCCCCACUCUCUUCCAGCCAUACAUAGUGGAGAUCUGCGACAGCUUGAGAGGGAAGAUCUUCCAGAAGUUCAUCGAGAGCGACAAAUUUACUCGUUUCUGCCAGUGGAAGAACGUGGAGCUCAACAUCCAUCUGACCAUGAACGACUUCAGCGUGCAUCGGAUCAUCGGCAGAGGCGGUUUCGGAGAGGUGUACGGCUGCAGGAAGGCCGACACGGGGAAGAUGUACGCCAUGAAGUGUUUGGACAAGAAGAGGAUCAAGAUGAAGCAGGGAGAGACUCUAGCGCUCAACGAGAGAAUCAUGCUGUCGUUAGUCAGCACAGGGGACUGCCCCUUCAUCGUGUGUAUGACGUACGCCUUCCACACCCCCGAUAAACUCUGCUUCAUCUUGGACCUGAUGAACGGGGGCGACCUGCACUACCACCUGUCUCAGCACGGCGUCUUCAGCGAGAAAGAGAUGCGUUUCUACGCGGCUGAAAUCAUCCUGGGUCUGGAGCACAUGCACAACCGCUUCGUCGUCUACAGAGACCUCAAGCCAGCUAAUAUCCUGUUGGAUGAACACGGCCAUGUUCGUAUCUCCGAUCUCGGCCUGGCCUGCGACUUCUCCAAGAAGAAACCCCACGCCAGUGUCGGUACUCAUGGUUACAUGGCUCCAGAGGUCCUUCAGAAGGGGACGGCGUACGACAGCAGCGCCGACUGGUUCUCCUUAGGCUGCAUGCUCUUCAAACUCCUCCGAGGGCACAGUCCCUUCAGACAGCACAAGACCAAAGACAAACACGAGAUCGACCGCAUGACGCUCACCAUGAAUGUGGAGCUGCCAGACUCCUUCACCGCUGAGCUCAAAGAUCUGCUGGAGGGGCUUCUGCAGAGAGAUGUUUCCAAGAGGCUGGGAUGCCAGGGCAGAGGAGCCCCGGAGGUGAAGGAGCAUCAGUUUUUCAAAGGCAUUGACUGGCAGCAGGUUUACCUGCAGAAGUACUCUCCUCCUUUAAUCCCUCCCCGGGGAGAAGUCAACGCCGCGGAUGCUUUUGACAUCGGCUCUUUUGACGAGGAGGACACCAAGGGCAUCAAGUUGCUGGACAGCGACCAGGAGCUGUACAAGAACUUUCCUCUGGUGAUAUCGGAGCGCUGGCAGCAGGAGGUCGCGGAGACGGUCUACGAAGCCGUCAACUCAGACACGGACAAGAACGAAGCUCGCAAGAGGGCCAAGAACAAGCAGCUCGGCCAUGAAGAAGACUACGCGUUGGGGAAGGACUGUAUAAUGCACGGCUACAUGUUGAAGCUGGGGAACCCGUUCCUGACUCAGUGGCAGCGUCGAUACUUCUAUCUCUUCCCCAACCGUGUGGAGUGGAGGGGCGAGGGCGAGUCACGGCAAAACCUGCUGACGAUGGAGCAGAUCGUGACGGUGGAAGAAACGCAGAUUAAAGACAAGAAGUGCAUCCUGCUGCGCAUCAAAGGAGGGAAGCAGUUUGUGCUGCAGUGCGAGAGCGAUCCAGAGUUCGUGCAGUGGAAGAAAGAGCUGACCGAAGCGUUCACAGAAGCCCAGAAGCUGCUGCGCCGCGCCCCCAAAGUCAUCGGGAAAGGCCGGGCCGGAGUGGUGGAGCUCUCCAAACCUCCCCUCACACACCGCAAUAGCAAUGGCCUGUGAAUACACACACACACACACACACACAUAUACUGCAUACACACACACACACACACACACAUGCGCUCUC